ACUGUCUGCUACACAAUCCAGCAGCCCUUCUACAUAUAGUAGAUUUUCAACAAAACUGGCAACUACGAAUUCGCUGUCUAGCGAAUUCUGGUAAUUUAUCGUCGAUCCGAAUUUGUUCUAUCAUCCGUACCAUCGUCACACAAUCUUUGAUAUAAUUAAAAUAAUUCUAAACAUCAAGAGCACCUUUUUCGGACGAAAGAAACACUGAAUAAAUGUAAAAAUCUACAUUUAAUAAAUAUUUUUUGAUAGAUGUUAAUAAUUGCUGUGACAUAUGAUCACCCUGUUUUUAUAUCGAUAAAUGUGCAUUUGCAUUAGUGUCAUAUUCUCAAAUAAUUCGAAUCAACAGAACGCGGGUUCUGCGUGUAAACGUUCAAUUGUUUUAAAUAUUUGUCCAGUGAUUGAAUUCUUGUUCAUUAUUGUUAAUUAUGAGUGGCAAAAGUGUGUCUAACCGGUAUCGUACAAAUACAGCGUCAACGGGGGAAAUAACACCAGUUAUGAAUGGAAAAUCUAGACUGAAUCCAAGUGGUCUAAGGCAUCGGGUUGUACAUAAAUCAGAAUCUGGUCACAAAAAUCAUUCGGAAGAUAAAUAUGGAACUAAAUCAGGACUAUUCAAUAAAGUAUUAAGUGACGAUAAUCAUCUGAAUACACCUCGAAUUACUCCACGUUCGACUGCAAUUAAUGCAUGUUAUACACCAUCAUCACUAUUCCGGAAUGUGAUGUCGACACCUUUGAACAAAGUACGCACUCCAUAUUCAACUACCUCCGCAGGAAAAUCAAAAGUAAAAAGUAUUGAUUCGGCUUCAAUAAGUCAAAUCGUAGAUGACACAGAGAUAAGCAAUCUAACAGUAGCAGUACGGGUGCGCCCUUUGAAUGCUCAAGAGUGUUCUCUGGCUAAAGUGACAAAUGUUGUACGUGUUUGCGGGAAUGAGUUGACUGUUUCGGCCGGCAUGACUGCUGAUUGUACAGCAGGCCUAACACAUUCCUUUACAUAUGACCACAUAUUUGAUUCUACAGAUCCCGAUAAUGAAUUUUACGCAAAUCAAGAUGAUGUAUUUGCAGGAACAUCGAUGCCUUUAAUAGAUCGAGCAUUUCAAGGUUAUAAUGCGUGUCUUUUCGCAUACGGCCAGACUGGAUCUGGAAAAUCUUAUAGUAUGAUGGGUAUUGAGGCUUUAGACGAUGAUGCAUCUGGCAACAGCAUCCCACAUCCAGAUGCCGGUAUAAUACCACGUUUUUGUAGAGAACUGUUUAAGCGUUUAGAAAAUAUGAAACAAUCAAUUCGUGCAGAGAUCGAAAUAAGUUAUUUUGAAAUAUAUAAUGAGAAAAUACAUGAUUUGCUUAGUGUUGCACAUUCGGAAGGCAAUUGCAGUGUGGGAAACGUGCAUAUUGCAAGUACACCAACAUCAACAAACGUCAUAAAUCGACCUGCUUUGAAAGUGCGAGAACACCCUAUUUGGGGCCCAUAUGUAGUUGAUUUAAGUAUUCAUCCCGUAGAUUCUUACGAAGCAAUGCGCAAUUGGCUUGCCGUAGGUAACUCACAACGUGCAACUGCUGCUACAGGAAUGAAUGACAAAAGUUCACGUUCUCAUUCGAUAUUUAAUAUUGUUUUAAAUUUGACUGAGAUUAGUGAGGAUUUGUCGAAAAAGAAAUCGGAUGAGACUGGUACACGUCAAACUCGUCGAAGUAGGAUAAGUUUGGUUGAUUUAGCGGGAAGUGAACGUAUUUCGAUGGUGGGCUCAAAUGGUGACCGCAUACGUGAAGGUGUUAGUAUAAAUAAAAGUCUAUUGACAUUGGGCAAAGUAAUUGCUGCAUUAGCAGAUUCAAAGAAAAACACAGUAAAUGGAUCGGUGUUUGUACCAUAUCGGGAAAGUGUACUUACAUGGCUUUUAAGGGAAAACCUCGGAGGCAACUCGAAAACUGUUAUGCUUGCCACAAUUUCACCAGCGAAUAUAAAUAUCGAUGAGACUCUAGCCACCUUGCGUUAUGCCUGUCAAGCUCGUACAAUAGUGAAUCGGGUCAAAGUGAACGAAUCACCACACGAUAAAAUAAUACGGGAGCUACGUGCUGAAGUCGAUCGUCUUAAGUCGCUGAGAAAUGAAUAUGAACGUCAACGCCGCUUGUCCGCCAAUAGUAAUCCAACGCCUAGAAAAAUUAUUAUUGAAACAUCAGUUGAUGAGAGUGAGGUCGAGGGAUUACGACAGCAACUUGCUGAGCGCGAAAGGGAACUGGAUAAAGCACAAAAAUCUUGGAUGCAACGCUUAAAAGAAGCUGAAGAUCAGCGAAAGUCUGAAUUAAGACUGUUACGCCGUAAGGGGCUGGCGUUAGAAUUGUCGACAGAUCAAAAGCAUGCAUGUCUUGUAAAUUUGACAGCUGAUGCAAUUUUUAGUAAUACACUAUUUUACAUAUUACCAGAAGGACAGGUAAAGAUCGGUCGUACGCGCACCUCGUCCUAUUGCAGUCAGCCGGACAUAUUGCUUGACGGCCCUUUAGUUGCCUAUCACCAUUGUAUAAUUGAAAAUAUACGUGGUGAAUUGUUUAUAAUCCCACAAAAUGACGAUUUUGAAACGUAUCUGAAUGGUGAUCUUGUGACCGAGCGCAAAAAAAUGUUCCAUGGCGACCGUUUAGUGAUCGGAGGCACACAUUAUUUUCGAAUAUCGAAUCCGUUUUGUACGAAGAGAAAUAAAAAUUUGGUGGUCGAUUUUCAAAUGGCUCAUGAAGAAAUUUUACACAAACAGGAAGAGAAGCUUCGAAACGAAUUGGAAGAGGAAAAACGCGCAGCACUGUCACGCAUAGAAUUUGAACGUGCAGAGAAUGAACGUAAUUUUAAUGAACGCAUGCAAAAGCUGGAAUUGGAACAACUAAAAUAUAAAUGCAAUAGAGAAAUACUAGAAACGGAACGAAAAGCAUUUCAAGAAGAAGCACAAAAUAAUACCGACAAAACUCCUGUAAUUACACCUUAUACGCCAACUUUCAAAUCAAACUUUCUUGAUGACAUCAAUAAUAUUAUGCAAAACCCCAGUGAUAAGAGUCUACAUAAAACACAGCUAAUGGUAAAGGAAGCUACGCAACGGUGCCGUAGUUUAGGUAUGCAGGUAGAGUUUCGACACUCACAGGUUCUUGACGAAUUCGGCAUAUUUCAUACCGUCGUGCUGCUACAUGAUAAAUUUCAUCAACGUAAAGCCGAAUGGCCUAUCGCGAGGCUCAGUGUGUGGCUCGAUAUGGUGCGUAACAAUGACGAUUUAAGUGCCGAUAAUGUGUUCAAUUGUGUAGAUAUGAACUGGGAGCCACUGGAAGGUGACGAUUGCGCAACACUAAACGAUUCAUUAAACUCGAGUCGAAUUUCACUAAACUUAAACAUUGUCAAGGAAGCUUUAUUGAAAAAGCCAAUUAAUAAAUUGCACUUAUUCAACACAUCUUCACAUUCACCAUCGCCCAUUAAAGCGUCGUCCUUAAUAAAUGAUGAAUGUUUCGUGCAGUCAUCAUUGCCGGGAAGAUUCAUAACAAAGAAAGUGUUAAAGUACGACGAUUGUAUUGACUCAUCGACAAAAAACACACCAAAUAUAUCGCAAAACUUGACCACAAAUAAUUCCACUUCGAACUCUAAUAAUUUAAGAAGUGAUUUUAACGCAUUGGCAUUGAUACAUUUACGUGAUAUGGAGCGUUCCGCAUCACGGUUAAGAAUGCUAUGUAAUCGCUUUAAUAAUGAGCAAGAAAAUGUACCUAACGACAUUUCUAGUGAGGGACAGCAACGUUUUAGGGACUCAUUAAUGGAAAUUGAGAAAAUUAUGCAUGGAAUGCGUUCUUACCUUGAUCGAAGUCAAAUCAUGGACGAUGGUGAAGUACCGGCAGCUAAAAUGCAAAAGGCUGUACGUUUCCUCAUAGAUUAGUAUUUAGACGAAUAUUAUGUUUGUAUAUUCUUUUUAUUAGUAAAAUCUGUGUAUUUAAUAUUCUGCACGCUUAAUGUUUAUAUUUUAAAUAAUAUAAUAUAAAAUAUUAUUUAAUAUUAUAAUAAAAAAAUUAAUUAAAAUGCAUUAAAAUAUCUAUAAGUUCAAUUUGAUGAUGUGGGCUCAAUGAUAAUUCUGCAAAUAUUUUUUUUUUUAAUUUCUUACCGUUUUGAAAAACGGCGCGAUAUGCAUAUACAUUUUUACUAUGUGUUUGGUUUCAGUAAGUCAAACUGUCUGGCACACGUCAAAUAAAUAAAUACGGUUACUAUUUUAAUUUCGACAUCAUCUGGCCCGAUAUGUAUUCAGACAAACCAUGCUAUCAAAAGAAAAUUAAAUUAAAUUUUUAUACUCCCGCAACAUGCUACAAAGAGUUUCUUCACGCAAACCCUAAAACUAAAUAAGAUAGAUAUAGGGUUAUGUAUAUAUAAUAUAUCAGGAUGAUGAGUUGAAUUCUUGGUUAAAGAAGGCGUGGCCUCGCCCUUAAUAGGUUUUAUGUACAUAUCUCACAAGCCUCUAAAGCUAUAUCAACCAAGCAUGCCGAUGAUGAAACCUCGUGACGUGCAGGGUUCGGAGCAGGGUUGCGAAUUUUUUUGAUUUAAAUGAACCCGAAAAAAUGUUAAUUCUAAAGCAAAUUCUUUUUUUAAUUUUUCAUUAUUUGCUUAAGAUUAAAAUUUUUUUUUUCAAAUCAAUCAAAAAAUUAAUCCCGCGUACCGGGUUAAAAAAAAAAUAAAUGUUUAAUCUCACUACCAGAUUGACAAAAAAAAAAAAAUUCAAUCUUAAGCAUAUAAUUAAGAAUCAAAAAGAAAAGUUGUAAUAUUUUAAAUUUUUAAUCCCAAAAAUCUUGGUUUAAAAAACAUAAUUGGACAUCACCCACAUUUUAUUUUUUUAAAUCGAAGUCCUGCAUAUAACACAAUUUUAAAUUCAACCUGAUUAUUCAACUUUACACAAUGCAAAUCAAGCACAAAUGAAGUUAUUCGAUAUCGGAUCAUAAUUGAUCAAUCCCCCUUGAUAAGGAAUAUAUCGAGAGAUAUAACAAUGAAACUUAGAUAAUGUCUUUUUUUCCUGGUAAUAAUAUGUCCUGAUACCAAAAGAGGAUAUAUUCGGGUCAAUAACACUCAUAGCUCUCAUAUACCCAAUAUAAGGAUUUUCAAACUUUCGGUUGGCUUUAUACCGUAUAUAACAGACAAUAGUGAUCUUAAUGAAACUCAAAGAGCAUCGUUUUCUAGUAAUAAUAUGUCGGUUAUGAUAAAAUCGGGCCAAUACUACUCGUAAUCCCCAUAUACCUCUAAUAUGCUGGAUAUGUAUAUCGGUUAAUAUGUAAAAUAUCUUAGAAAAUAUUGAAAUGCUUUCACAAAUUACCCCAGCUCUCAUACAUAUGUAUGUAUGUAUAUACAGAUUAAUUAAAUUUAUCUCUGUGUAUCAAAAUUAAAUUUCACGUUGUUUGUUCGCAAUAAACUCACAAACUACUAAACCCAUUUUAAUAAAAUUCUACAUAAAAGAUAGGUAGUUUAUAUCUUAAUGUAUAGUCACGAAAUUUUUUUGAUAAUAAUAACCCAACGAUUACCCUCCUCCCGCAAUAAUAAUCACAACUUCGUCCAAUCGACUUGAGACAUUCUUGAAAUAUUAUGCAUUCAUUUCUUCUUCUUGUUUAUAUUUUGAUGAUUUUGUGUUAUUUACAAUCUAUUCGAAUUUUUAUUGGCUGGAAUAGGUUUGUUUCCGAACGGAAACGGUGAUAGUUAUCACUAUCUGCUGGAACAGCGUUUCGUAACCUAAAAAACUAGCAGAAAAGAGAAAACUAGCUUGAGAGCACAAGAAUUCUGAGAGACCUGCUAGUUUCUGCGACUAAAAUUUUGUCCGUAUUCAAGAGAGCCAAAAAUACUUGGUAGUUAAGUUUACUCUUAAUACACAGACAAUUUUUUGUCUUGGAGGUAUAACAUGUAACUAUAUAUAUAUAUAUAUAUAUAUGUAUACCGAAUACAAAAAAUGCUAAAAACCGAGUACUUUUGAACGUAAUAAAGAUGAAAUUAAUGGAACUUUUAUAAACAACUAGGAAGAUACAGCAAUGACUUUGCUGAGUACACACCAUUUAGUCAGAUCAGGUACAACACGACGGCCUUUGGACUAUUCGGCAUUUAGAGAUUAUGUGCUGUCCCAUCUGGUGAGACUCUUUAAGGAUAAUCUAUCGCAAUCACAU